AUGCCGUGGGGAAAGAAGAGCGCGCGCGCGGGCUCGACCGCGAACGCGAGGGCUUCGAAGGAGGAGCUCAUCGCGAACCUGGGCCUGAUCCCGCACCCCGAGGGCGGGUUCUUCUGCGAGACCUACCGAAGCGGCUGCGCGCCGAUGGCGAGCAAAGGGCUGACGGACUUGAUGGGAAACAUGAUGACCACGACGCGAGGCCCGACGCCGGAGCGCAACGUCAUGACGAGCAUCUACUACAUGCUCACCCCGGAGCACGACUUCCAGGCCUGGGUCGUGAACGCGUCCGACCACGUGCACUACCACCACGCGGGAGGCACGUUCGUGUAUCACAUCGUCUCCCCGAACGGGACGUACUACACCCGGCGGUGCGGCGGGUGCGUCGCGAACGGGGACGAGCCGCAGGUUGUCGUCCCCGGCGGGUCGUUCAAAGCCGUUCGCCUCGAGGAAGGGUUCGAGUUUGGGAUCAUCGGCGAGGGCGUCGCCCCGGGGUUCGACUUCCGGGAUUUUAAGUUCGUGACCGAGGAGGAGCUGAAGGGGAGGAGCGCGGAAGCGCACGCGGCGGCGGCGGACUUGGUGAAGAAAGAGCCCGAGGACGUCAAGUUCCAGAGUUUCUACGAGGACUGA